AUGUCCGAUUCACAGGGCCAGACCAUCAUCACCAUCUCGGUGAUAUUUGGUGCUCUCAGUAUCUUUGCCAUGGCGUUGCGUCUUUUCGCUCGGAUCGUUGUACUUGGGAAGAUAGGUCUGGAUGACACAGUUUUGAUUUGUAUAGCGGCUCUUUUGUCAUGGGGAUUCAUUGUCGCCACAGUCAUUGCGGUUCAACAUGGCAUGGGCUCGCACAUGGAGGAAGUCAUGAAAAGGGGCACACAUAACCUGGAGCACUAUAUCAAGACCGUUUGGCUGUCAUCCAUUUUCUACAACGCAUGUCUAGGCUUCCUAAAGUCAUCGAUCCUCGCAUUCUACCUUCGACUCGGUGACACCCAGCUCAAACGGCUCGCGCAAGUUCUAAUGGCAAUCGUUGUCUGCCAGGCCACCGCCAACGUUCUGACGUGUAUCUUCCAAUGUACACCGGUCGCUGCGGCAUACACGAUAGAGCUCCACAAGACUGCCAAAUGUGUGAACAUAACGGCCUUCUACUUGACGAACGCGGCGUUGACGAUCUUGACGGACCUGUUAACCUAUAUUCUGCCUUUCCGCUUGGUUCGCAAGCUGCAAAUCCCUGGGAGGCAGAAAUUUGGUCUCGGUAUCAUGCUCGGAUUGGGGUUAUUUACAUGUGUGUCGUCCAUAAUCCGAAUCACAUACAUUCCGGGCAUGCUCUUCUCCAAGGAUUCGACCUGGACCAUUUCAGGCCCCAUGUACUGGAGUGUGAUCGAAACUAACGUUGGAAUCCUGACCGCCUCGAUUCCCGCAUUCAAAGCGAUAGCCAAAAAGUACGCACCGAAGCUGCUGGGCGGCUCUUACGACUCCAACCAAUAUCCAUCGCGAUCUAUACACGUCAAAGCAGGCAGCAGCGGCUUCCACAGGAUGGGCGGUACUGCCGGGAGUAACCAUGUAGCCCUCGAUACCAUUGAUUGGGAUCUGGGCAUGUCAAAAGGUCGUUUCCAGACGACUAUCAACCCGGACAACGCUAGUGUGUCGAGCGAAGAGGCAGCUUUACACCCACCGAAUAGGAUUGGUGUUACGAGGCAUGUCCACGUUGAAGGAGAAUCUCGGAGUGUUUUUGAGGAAAGAAACUCUCUUGGCUCCCACAAGGAUCAGAAGGAGCUCUCAUGA